AUGCGUUGUAGUUGUGCUGUUUCAAAGAGGGAGGGCAAAUCUAGCACUAGUCUAGCUGUCUUAGCGCCUAUUCUACGCCUACAGUUCUUAGACCCUCGCAAGCUCGGAAGUGGCUUUACUUCAACACUACCGAGUGCAGCAGCGAUCAUUGAGCAACAUGGCGCCAUACGUGGCAUCGUCAUAAACGCUAAGGAGGAAUCGGUCGUUUUCACAGCCUCGAUGGAAUCCUACAGACCAAACAAGAGUGUCCUAUCUGCACCUUGUGGAGCAUUGAAGGCAGGCGUCCUAGACAUGACACAUACGCUAGCUAUGGAAUGGGCGCAGUACAGUAUUGGAGUCAAAUCGGCCUCUCCCAGUCUGCCGGAUUGGGAGCGGCAGCUGAAGUACUACGGCGGCAUGCCUCGACUCGCUAAGGUCGAAGAGUCAGACGGUGCGUAUGUUCACUCUUUAAGUGAUGCUGCUAGCUACACUACGAGCAAAGACAUUGCAGUCAAUGGAGUAAUAGGCAGUAAGUUCUCUGUAUUCAUCGCGCUGCCAAUGUGCGCUAACAACGCUACAGUCUGCUAG